AUGCGAUUUCCAUUCCCAGUUGUUUGCUUCGCAGAGUUCACGGUUGGUGCUCCAUCAAGUAAGAUCCCGAACGACUUGGACGCCAAAACGGUAUAUCGCGGUGUGGCUGCGAGUGUGAGGGAACACCUCAUCGACGCUUUCAACCGCACCCAGGACUAUUGGAGCAAGGAGGACCCCAAGUUCAUCUACUACCUGAGCGCCGAGUUCCUGAUGGGCCGCUCGCUGCUGAACGCGGUGAUGAACCUGGAGCUGAAGGGGGUCUACAGCGAGGCCCUCCAGAAGCUGGGCUACGACAUGGAGGCCCUGGUGGAUGCAGAGCAGAACGCCGCUCUCGGCAACGGCGGCCUGGGCCGGCUGGCCGCCUGCUUCAUCGAUUCCAUGGCCACCCUCGACCUGCCCGGCUGGGGCUACGGCAUCCGCUACAAGUAUGGCAUGUUUAAGCAGGCCAUCGAUGACAAGGGGUACCAGAUGGAGCUGCCGGACAUCUGGCUGACCAACGGCAACCCCUGGGAGAUUGCGCGCCCGGAGAUUACCUACAAGAUCGGCUUCUACGGCACUGUGGACAACUUCAAGUGGUCGCCCGCCGAGCAGGUGAUCGCCAAGGCGUACGACAACCCCAUCCCGGGCUACAAGACCAGCACGGUCGGCAACCUGCGCCUGUGGGAGGCGCUGCCGCUCAACGAGUUUGACCUGGACGCCUUCAACAGGGGCGAGUACGACAAGGCGGUGGAGGACAGGCGGAAGGCGGAGGACAUCAGCGCAGUGCUGUACCCCAACGACGCCACCGAGUACGGCAAGGAGCUGCGCCUCAAGCAGCAGUUCUUCUUCGUCUCCGCCUCCAUCCAGGAUGUGCUGGCGCGGUUCAAGGAGAAGCAUGCAGGCGACUGGGGGCUGCUGCCGCAGAAGGCGAUCUUCCAGAUGAACGACACGCACCCGACCAUCGCCGUGGCCGAGCUCAUGCGCCUGCUCAUCGACCAGGAGGGCCUCGACUGGGACACCGCCUGGGACAUCACCAAGCAGACGCUGGCGUUCACAAACCACACAGUGAUGCCGGAGGCUCUUGAGAAGUGGCCGGUAGCGGUGCUGGGCAAGCUGCUGCCGCGACACCUGGAGAUCAUUGACAAGGUCGACACCAUCUGGAAGGACUCCCUCAAGGAGUAUGUCCUGGGCCAGAUUGAGAAGGAGGCAAAGGCUGCACCGCCCAAGCCAGAGAAGCCGGCCCCCAAGGCCACCAAGGAGGGCGAGGUAGAGGAGGAAGAGGAGGAGGAGGAGGACCCGGUGGAGACUGCCCUGUCAAAAUAUGGCAUCAUCACCGAGAACCCCUGGCAGAAGGAUGUCAAGUUAAUUAACAUGGCUUUCCUGGCGGUGGUGGGCAGCAAGGCCGUCAACGGUGUCGCAGCCAUCCACUCCGAGAUCAUCAAGGACACCAUCUUCAAGGACUUUUACGAGAUCAUGCCGGAGAAGUUCCAGAACAAGACGAAUGGCGUGACCCCCCGGAGGUGGCUGGCCUGGUGCAACCCCAAGCUGGCGGCGCUGAUCACUGAGACACUGGGCACGGACGCGUGGAUCAACGAGACCACGCUGCUGGCCGGCCUGCGCCAGUACGCCGACGACAAGGCCUUCCAGGCCAAGUGGCGCUCCGUCAAGCACGCCGCCAAGGAGAAGCUGUCCGCCAAGAUCAAGGCGCUGAUGGGCGUGGAUCUGCCGACGGACCCGCUGUACGACGUGCAGAUCAAGCGUAUCCACGAGUACAAGCGCCAGUACCUCAACAUCCUGUCGCUCAUCUACCGCUACCACGCCAUCAAGACGGCCUCCCCCGAGGAGAGGGCCAAGAUGGUGCCCCGCGUCUCCAUCUUUGGCGGCAAGGCCGCGUCCGCCUACUACGCCGCCAAGAAGAUCGUGCGCCUCAUCAACCGCGUCGGCGCCGUCGUCAACUCCGACCCUGACGUCGGCGACCUCCUCAAGAUUGUGUUUGUGCCGGACUACAACGUAGAUCUGGCGGAGGUGCUGAUCCCGGGCGCGGAGCUGAGCCAGCACAUCAGCACUGCGGGCACGGAGGCGUCGGGCACGUCCAACAUGAAGUUUGCCAUGAAUGGCUGCCUCAUCAUCGGCACCAUGGACGGCGCCAACAUUGAGAUUGCCCAGGAGACGGGCAAGGAGAACAUGUUUGUGUUUGGCAUGGAUGCGAAGGAUGUGCCGGUGUGGCGCGAGGGCAAGAGGAAGGAGUGGAAGGACUACGAUCCGCGCUUCGUCAAGGCCCUGGACCUCAUCAAGUCCGGCACCUUCGGCGAGGUCGACUACUUCAAGGACCUGGUGGAGAGCGUCAGCGUCAUGAACGACUCGAACAAUGACUGGUUCCUGGUGGCGCCAGACUUCACCGACUACAUGCGCGCCCAGGAUGAGGUGGACAAGCUGUACGCUGACCAGGAUGAGUGGACGCGGAGAUCCAUUCUGUACACGGCGGGCUCCGGCUUCUUCUCCUCAGACCGCACCAUCGACCAGUACGCCAAGGAGAUCUGGGAUGUGGUCCCCUGCAAGCAGCCUUGA